UUCCUUCUUCCCCCUUGUGCCUUCCCAAGACUCAGCCCUUCCCGAGAAGGAGGAGGACAAAAUGGCCAAGUUCAAGGAGGCGGUGACGUUCCAGGACGUGGCUGUGGUCUUCACGGAGGAGGAGCUGGCGCUGCUGGACCCGUCCCAGAGGAAGCUGUACCGAGACGUGAUGCUGGAGAACUUCCGGAACCUGGUCUCAGUGGGGCAUCUGUCCUUCACAGCAGGUGUCAUUCUCCCAGCCCCUCCCUUACCUCAUAUAGGGCUUUCCCCAAAUGUUAGCCCCCAAUUAGAGAGAGAAGAAAAGCUUUGCAUGAUGAGGACAGUGACCCAGAGCCACAGCUCCUCAGGAGACAAGAGUCUACGUAACAUGGAGGUCAUUCAAGAAAUUGGAUUAAGGGACCUGCCCCACGAAGAGUUUUUCUACUCACAAAUCUGGCAACAGGUUACCAAGGGUUUAACCAGAUGUCAAGAUUCCACAGUAAACAUUCAAGGAACUGGCUCUCUGUUGGAAAAACAAGGUGAUGCGCACUAUAAAUACGAGGAAUUCGGUAAGGGCUUUAAUCAGCGUUCGCAUCUUCAGGUUCACCGCAGAGUCCAUAAUGGAGAAAAACGCCACAAAGGAGAGAUGUGCGAGAAAGGUAUUAUUCAGGACUCUUGUCCUCAAAUUAAUAAGACGGCCCAUGCAGGAGAGAAGCCCUGUAAAUGUGAAAAAUGUGAAAAUGCCUUCCACCGGGUUUCAAGUCUUCAAGCCCAUCAGAGAGUCCUCAGUAGAGGGAAAUCGUACAAAUAUGAUACAUCAUGUAAGAAUUUUAGUCAGAGGUCAUAUCUUCCUCAUCAUCAGAGAGUUCUUACAGGAGAAAAUCCACACAAAUUUGAGGAGUGCGGAAGACAUGUUAAGCAAAGCUCACAUUGUCUAACUUCUCUGAUAACCCACACAUCAGAGAAACCCUAUAAAUGUGAGGAGUGUGGGGUGGGCUUCAGUCAGAGUGCACAUCUUCAAGUCCAUCAGAGAGUUCACAUGGGAGAGAAACCUUACAAAUGCGAAAAGUGUGGGAAGGGCUUCCGUUGGCAUUCACGACUGCAGGCUCACCAACGAAUGCACACAGGUGAGAAGCCAUACAAAUGCGAUGCAUGUGGCAAGGCUUUUAAGCAUAGCUCACACCUUAACAUUCAUUGUAGAAUCCACACAGGAGAGAAACCCUAUAAAUGUGAGGAGUGUGGGAAAGGCUUCAGUGCAGGCUCACACCUUCAAGUCCAUCAGAGAGUCCACACCGGAGAGAAACCGUACAAAUGUGAGAGGUGUGGGAAGGGCUUCGGUCAGGCCUCAAAUCUUCUGGACCAUCAAAAAGGCCACACUGGUGAGAAACCCUAUCCAUGUGAUGCCUGUGGGAAAGGCUUCAGUCGGAGGUCAGAACUGAAGGCUCACUGUAGAAUCCACACAGGAGAGAAACCCUAUAAAUGUGAGGAGUGUGGGAAGGGCUUCAGUCAGCCCUCAAAUCUUCUGUCCCAUCAAAGAGGCCACACUGGAGAAAAACCAUACAAAUGUGGUACAUGUGGGAAGGGCUUCAGUCGGAGUUCAGAACUGAAGGUUCACUGUAGAAUCCACACAGGAGAGAAACCCUAUAAAUGUGAGGAGUGUGGGAAGGCCUUCAGUCAGUCUUCAAGUCUUCAUGUGCAUCAUCAAAGAGUCCACACGGGAGAGAAACCGUAUCAGUGUGCAGAGUGUGGGAAGGGCUUCAGUGUAAGGUCACAGCUUCAUCUCCAUCAGAAGGUCCAUACUGGAGAGAAACCAUAUAAAUGUGAAAAGUGUGGGAAGGUCUUUAGUAGGAGCAAAGCAAAACAUGCGUUUGAAAGAGCGAGUACUUCAGCCAGAGCUCAACAUGUCACAAUGGUUGGGUGA